AGAAAACCCGAUAUUUCUAGCCCCUCCACAUUAACAAAAUGUGUGAGCGUGAAAAAAAAAAUUUGAAAAUUGUAACCUUUGUGACAGCCUUUGAGUGUGUCUUCAUUGGCUGAUUUAACAAAUAAAGGGGGAAAAAGGAGAGAAAACUAUAAACAAAGAGUUUUUAUUUUCUUUGUUAAGAGCGAGCAUAAACAAAGACUUCUUUAUCAUCUUACAUCUCAUCUUAAGAUCUCUAACUCUUCGCAGGAUCUAACCAUGGCAGACUGGUCGCUGCUUCCAAAAGACUUGCUAGGACUAAUCAAUGGUCGUUCUGAGACAUGUUUUGAGAUUGUUCACUUCCUCUCUGUCUGCAGCUCAUGGCGGUCCGCCGUACCUACGCCGAGCUAUGGUCGCUCCAUAGGAUUUAAUAGCCUUCUCCCUGUUUUCAACCACGACCCUCGGUUCGAAGACGAUGAUGCGCAUUGCAAAUUCAGAAAGAUUCAGGUUUUUCUCUUGAGAUUCCAGACUCCCUUUGGUGCUGAUUCUUUGUUGGUAGGGAUGAGCCAGCGCAAAUCUGGUAAGCUGAAGUUGUUGUCACCUUUAGAACAUAGUUCGAGGUAUAAAUAUGGAAUAACUCUCAGCACUCUUAGCUCCCAAAUCAUCUCCUUGGGUGAUUACUACAAGAUAAAGUUCUACGCUAUAACAACAAGACGCUAUAGAACACGACGUGAGAAAUAUUCCAAGAGAGUUGCGUUUCUUCAACUUGAUAGUGAAGAUGGCAAAGAUUUCGUAGUAGUAGCUGGAGUUUUGGGAAAUUUAAUGACGUAUAGAAGCGGUGACAAGACCUGGACUAAAAUCGAGUGUCCGUUUAUUGGAUAUAGAGACAUGGUUUCAUUCAAAGGCAAGUUUUAUGUUAUUGAUAUGAGGGGACGAGGACGUGUCUAUGUCAUCGAACCCUCGUUGGAAAUUAGUGAGAUCCAAGCAGUCACGCAGUCUCACGAGACUUUCGAUGAGAGGCUGGUCAUCUCAGGAGAAGAGCUCUUGCUGGUGCAGAGAAUUACUCCAGGAGCGUAUUGUCAUGAACAUAAGCAUGCUUGGUUCAGAUUGUUUAGGCUCGAAGAGGAAGGCCAGAGGAAAUGGGUUCGGGUUAUUGACUUAGAGGAUCGAGUGGUGUUUCUUGGGGUUGACUGGAAUCUCUGCUACUCGGCGAGAGAGCUUCCGGGUAUGAAAGGGAACUGCGUCGUCUUUGUUGAUCCUAAGUACCCCUAUGAACAUCUUGUGUUCGACUUGAGAACCAGAAAGACGAGUAUGGCGUUUAACGAAUGCAGAGGCUAUAUGGGCGCGUUCGGCCAAAAUCAAGAAUCUUUGUUGUCCUGUGGAAUUGUGACGCACCUAAUCCAGCGAAGGGCUUCUGUCCCUCAUAAAUUGAAUUUGGAUUAGACCCCAAAAUAGAGAUGUAUUGCCCAUUUGAAUGUUGUUUGUUUAUCUUGUGUCCAACUUUUUCACCUUUUAGUUUGGUUGAUUGUUUCGUAGGCUUGAGCAUUCGGGUAUGUGAUUCGGUUUGGUUUAAUUUGUUAUCUUUUGGUUUUUGGGUAAUUUGGAAUAGCUGUAUAAGAACCGUUUGGAUAUUUACGAAAUUCGGAUCGGUACUUUGGUAUAACGGGAAAAACGAGUUUGGUUAAUCAGGUAAAAACCCGUAAAUACAUCCGAUAAAUUUAUAUGACAAUAUUCGGAUACUUCAGUUUUUUGGAUAUAUCCA